AUGGGGGAGUCUAUCCCGCUGGCGGCCCCGGUCCCGGUGGAACAGGCUGUGCUGGAGACGUUCUUCUCUCACCUGGGCGUCUUCUCUUACGACAAGGCCAAGGACAAUGUGGAGAAGGAGCGAGAGGCCAACAAGAGCGCGGGGGGCAGCUGGCUGUCGCUGCUGGCAGCCUUGGCCCACCUGGCCGCAGCCGAGAAGGUCUAUCACGGCCUCACCUACCUGGGGCAGAAACUAGGGGGCCAGUCUUUCUUCAGCAGGAAGGACUCCAUCCGCACUAUCUAUACUUCCCUGCAUAACGAGCUGAAGAAGGUGGUGACGGGCCGUGGCAGCCUGGGAGGGACCGCUCCUCACGUGGAAGAACUCCUUUCCCACCUGUCAGAGCAGCUCUGCUUCUUCGUUCAGGCGCGGAUGGAGAUUGCGGACUUCUAUGAGAAGAUGUACACCCUCAGCACACAGAAGUUCAUCAAUGCUGAAGAGCUCGUUGGCCUUUUAGACACCAUCCUCAAGAAAUACAGCUCCAGAUUUCACCACCCAAUCCUCAGCCCCUUGGAGAGCAGUUUCCAGCUGGAAGUCGAUGUCCUGAGUCAUCUCCUGAAAGCCCAGGCUCAGAUCUCAGAGUGGAAGUUCCUGCCGUCUCUGGUUAACUUGCACAGUGCUCACACCAAGCUGCAGACCUGGGGCCAGAUCUUUGAGAAGCAGCGGGAGACCAAGAAACACCUGUUCGGAGGGCAGUCUCAGAAGGCUGUUCAGCCCCCACACCUUUUCCUUUGGCUGAUGAAACUCAAAAACAUGCUUCUUGCCAAAUUUAGUUUCUACUUUCACGAGGCACUGAGCCGGCAAACGACUGCUUCAGAAAUGAAAACGUUGACUGCGAAAGCCAACCCGGACCUGUUUGGGAAGAUUUCCAGCUUCAUCAGGAAAUACGACGCCGCCAACGUGUCUCUAAUCUUCGAUAACCGAGGGUCUGAGAGCUUUCAGGGUCACGGCUAUCACCACCCCCAUUCCUACAGAGAGGCCCCCAAGGGUGUGGACCAGUAUCCCGCUGUCGUGUCCCUGCCCAGCGACAGGCCUGUCAUGCACUGGCCCAACGUCAUCAUGAUCAUGACGGACCGCGCCUCCGACCUGAACAGCCUGGAGAAAGUGGUUCACUUCUACGACGACAAAGUGCAGAGCACCUACUUCCUAACCCGCCCGGAACCCCACUUCACCAUUGUCGUCAUUUUUGAGUCAAAGAAAUCUGAGAGAGACUCCCACUUUAUCUCCUUCCUCAAUGAGCUCUCCCUGGCCCUGAAGAACCCCAAGGUUUUUGCAAGUCUGAAACCUGGAUCCAAAGAAUCAAACCUGGACCCUUUCACUGAGCCAAGCCUGAAUAAUUCUAAGCUGCUUCUCCAGAGGAAAUGA